AGGUGAUUGUUUUAGGAGUAAUAGAAUGUCUGCAGCUGACGAUGAUACUGAGCUUAGGGAUUUGUUGGUUCAAACACUGGACAAAAAUGGAGUUCUUGGGAAAAUAAAAGCUGAGCUCCGAGCUAGCGUUUUUCUUGCUUUAGAUUCCUCUGAGCAGAACAAAUAUAAAUCAGGACUAGCUAACACAAAACUGCAAAAUUUUCUGGCAACUGAAGAUGGAAAAAUUUGCCUAAAUGUUGUGAAAGAUUUUCUUGAACAUUUUAAUUUAGAUUACACAAGUUCUGUGCUGGGACCCGAAACAAAUUCCACAAACACCUCGUUCUCAACUGAGGAAUUACAAAGGACUUUGCACCAACCUAAUGACUGCUCACCAGUGUUAAGUAGCCUUGUACAGAACUCACGAAACAACUCCCCAAGCGAGCUCCAGUUGAACUUAGCUAAAGAGGAAUUUUCACGACAAGCCAUGUCAAUGACAGACAGCAUUUCAACAUUCAGUGCCACUAAAGCUUUAACAUCUCUCUUACCCAACUUUCCCUCAGCCGUCCUAAAGAGUUUCUUCCAAAGUGAAGUUGCAGCAGGAGCAAAGGUGUCUUGUGCUGAGUUUUUAAGGAUAUACACCAAGUUCUUUACAGCUUGUCACAGUGUUGUUGCAACUCCAAACACCGGUGACACCACAGUCAAAGACGAGAAAGAUUUUAUAAAACAAGCAGUUGGCAUAAGGUCUGGUGGGGGUAAAUUAACUCCUGAGCCAAUAGACUCUGACUACCUUAAACCGAGCCAGAAAUCCUUUGACCUUGAUUCAAGUUACGGCCAGUUCUUUGAUGAUGAUAUCUACACAAAACCACCGCAAAAAUUGCAAAGUUUAUCAGAGUCGAGCAAAAAAUCCAAAUCUGAGGUGGACACUAGCUUGUCAAAAUCUGAUCAUUCCUUUGGCUGGAGAGGAAAGUCGCCAACCAAGACGAAUUUUGAGAAACAAAGCGAUGAUUAUGAAGACGAUUUCACGACAAGUCAUGCCAGCAUAUCCGAGGACAUAGCAGUGGAUAGCUUCAUGAGUAGCAACCAUAGUUCAUUAGCUGAGUUGACUGAAGAUCACUCCAUGCAGGACCAGAUCCACUCUGCUGAUUACAUGGAAGAUAUAAAGUCAGCAUGAAAACUGGGAUUUGAUUCCUUUGUUUCUUUUACUUGGUAUGGGAAAAGAUCAAAAUGGACGAAGUUGCUCAAUGUAAUGUCAGAUGGCCACACAAACUGCUGGCUCUGGUUGUACAUCAGCUAAUAACUCAUUCCUGCAUACAUGAGUGGAUAAGGGAUAAUGUAUUGUUAGUUAGAAAAUUUUAAUAAUUUAACCUCAAUAGGCUAUUCUCAUUUGCUGAUGUUAUACUGAUAGUCGUGUAGUUUAUCAUUGAUAAUUUAAAAUAAAAAUACUUUUUAGUAAAACCAAAGUAAAGAUUGGAGUAUUGUUAAAAACUGAGUAAUUAAACCAUUCACAUUUUCUUCAUUUCGUAUUGUAAUAGUUCAUCACAAAAUUCAAAACAUAGAUUGUAGUUCAAUGUUACAUUUUUAAUUUUUUACGGAGUAUUUUUGGUUCUCAUUAGUGAUAGUGUAUUUUACUGCGUGUUAGCUGCUACUGUAAAUUUCUUGUUUAUUUUGUUUUUAG